CCGCUGUGAACUAUAGCACCAGGUAUCAUCGCGGAGCACACACGAAAUCAAUUUUUUACAACGAAAACGACAGUGUGAACUGAUUAUAUUGUCCAUUGUAUUAUUUAAAGUUCUUUGUGUUGUACACGCGAUAUAUAUAAGGGUUUCAUUUAACCCGACGAGAAUAUUAUAACAAGUGUUUAAAAUAAAGCCGCAAAAGUGGAUACCGAUAACGUAAAAAUUGAGGAUUUGAUGGACUCUGAUCCUGACAUUGAGUUCAUUGAAAAGGAUAGUGGGAUGUCUUCGUUAGGUGGUAGCAAGGACGAGACGCCAGAGCGCCGGACAGUAGCCAUUCCAGCAAAUGAAGAGCCGCAAACAGAUGGUGAGAAUUACGAUGAUGAACCAGAUGAGACGUUCGGUGAACGUAUAAUGGGACUAUCAGAAAUGUUCCCGGAAUCAGUGCGCAAUGCGGUGAGCAGUGUAGCCACCACUGCGGCGAAGAGUUUCCGUAGUCUCUAUCAGUUCUCGUGCAAUGCAUCGUGGAUAUUCUUUACGAGUUCCGUCAUACUGUUUGCGCCCGUCAUUUUUGAGACCGAGCGCGCCCAAAUGGAGGAGCUGCACAAGUCGCAGCAGAAGCAAGUGCUGCUUGGUCCAGGCAGUGCCAUGGCCGCUGGAGCAUCGCCCAGUUUACCAUUAAUUCGUUAAUUAUCAGCUUUGAUAUACAUAUAUACAUCUAUGCAUAAUACGUUAGUUCGAUUUGCCAGCGGGGACGAAACAAUAACAACAGAAGCAACCACAUUUAAAACGGGAUAUUCCCUCACGCUCUAGAGUAUAAGUCGGAAUCAAUCGAGCCAGUUGAUCCAGUUCACAAGUCCCUGCCAGUGAAUGUUUAUUAACACUUAAACCAAACACAACACACACACAUACUAAUG